AUGGCGGCGUUCACGGAGGAGGAGAGGGCGGUGGACGACGCGCUGGGAUACCCCAAGGCCUACGCCAGGCUCUGCCGCGCCGGCGCCGGCGGGGCGCUCGGCCUCCCCUACGCCCACGGCCCGCCGCACGCAUUCCUCCCCUACGUCCUCCAGCCCCACGAGGCGCUGCGGGCCAAGGACCUAAACGAGACGUUCCCGGUGCUGGACCCGGAGGCCGCGCCCACGGCCAACCCGCGCGGCUUCGCCACCCUCCUCUGGAAGCAGCUCGACCACCUCGGCAACGCCGGCUUCGACCCGGCGCUCUUCCGGGUCGACGCCUACGGCAACGUCCUCUACCUCCACGCCGACGCCGCGUCGCCGCUCGCGUGGGACGUCGCCCACUGGUUCCCCUGCGCCAGAGGAGGGCGCACGGUCCCGAGCAACCUGCGGAUCGUGCAGCUCCAGGUGUCCAGGAAGAGGCACAACAAGCUCGAGUUCCUCGUCCCCUGGUGGGAUCUGCAGCUCGGCAUCUCCGUCAACCACUUCCUCUCCAUAUUCGCCUCCAAGAACGCCGACUUCAGGAACAGAGCCUUCGCGUUCCUGUUCGCGGACGGCGCCGGCGAGGAGCUGAGCGCGGUGCAGGCGGUGGAGGGGCACGCCUUCCCGCACCACUUCUCCGCGAUGAAGAACAAGGUCGGCCUGGCGCCCGCCGCCAUCGUUUCCGCCAGGGGCUCCUCCGACAGUUCCGUGCUCAAAUCACUCGACGCCAACAGGCCGGUCAGGUCCAGUUACCCCUUGAUAGGUACUACGCGACUCCAGAGAACUCCAUGCAUUUCGUUGCUUCUCAACCCGUACCUGUCCAUCGCCAUGGCCAGGGACUCGCUGAGGCAGCGCGAGGAGUCCAAGAAGAAGCAAGCGGAGCUCACCGAAUUGGAGGACGAGGUGACGGAGAUGCAGCAGAAGACUGAGGAGGACAGGGUGGCCAUCCAGGACCUGGAGGCGCAGCUCAUCAAGAGGCGUCGGCGGGUCGAGAAGUGCCGCCGCUUGGCGGAUGCCCAGUCCAACUACAAGGCAGUGCUGGAGAAGAUGAUCAGAGACGCCAUGCACCAGAGUGUUGUGUACAAAGAACAGCUUAGGCUGAACCAGGCUGCAACUAGUACUCUGAUGGCAAGACUGGAGGCCCAGAGGGCAAUGUGUGACUCGUCUGAAACCGAGCUCCGCAAGAAGUACCAGCACAAGGAUGAUCUGGAGAGGCAGGUGAAGCCUUUCAUUGAUCAAGCGAGGAAGAGGUACCGGGUCGAUGAUGAAAUUCCAGAGGAAGAACAAUAUGAGAGUGUAAGGUACUUGCCAGAAAGAAGAUUCAGGAGCAGCCCUCUCAAACAGGAGCUGAGAGUUUUUCUAGAGCAGGAUCAGAGGAAUUCAGAUGCAUAUGUUUCCCUGGAGGAAGAUGAAAUUGGAGUGGAAUCUUCAGCAAUGGGUUAUGUCAACAAUGAACCUUCCAAGGUGAUUAACUUCCCAAGGAGGUCCAUCACCACUGAAGAGAAUAACACAUGUUACGUUGAAAGAGGAAGAGCGUCAGUGAGGGAGAAGCUAGAACAAUCUGCUAUCAGAGAACGGCAUCGAAGCAGGGGAAGGGAAAGAAAGGAAACCAUGGCAUCAAGGGCGGUUGGUGGUGGUACACCAAUCAGGUCAAGAGAUAAUAGGGGCAAGGCAGCCAUGCUUGAGUCCGAGACUGAAAAAUCUUAUGCAAGCCAGACAGUCUCAUUGCCAAGGGCCUCCUCGGUUCCACCAAGUCCUCCAUACAGAGCGAGCGGCACAUAUGGAAUGCCAAGGUAUCCCAUAGAGCAGUCACUACCCUUGCAAAAGAAUCACUCGCUUCAUCCUCAACGUCUUGGCAGAUCAGAAGUCAAUGAAAACAUGAACCACAGUGGUAAAGGCAAUGUGGAUAAGUGGCUUCAUAUGCUCAUGGAGGACCAGCAAGAAGGAAAUGAAGUGUACCAUUCUUCGGAAGAACACGGUGGUAGCGAGGAGGAUGCUUCGGAUGAGCAGCAAGUGCAAAGCAGAAUCAAUGACGACGACGAGAGCUGCAGGAAUGAGAUCACUGAAUGUUCUGAAGAAAUCGUCGAUGCUUGUGGCGGCAAGACAGCUACUCACCAUGGCACUCCAAGAUACAGGAACUGCAGGGAUGGGAUCACUGAAUGUUCUGAAGAAAUCGUCGACGUCGGUGCCGAGACCGCUUCUCACCAUGGCACACCAAGAUGCAGGAAUAGCUUUGAAACUAGUAAGGAGGAGAAAGUGGAAAAGAAGAUUUGGUUCCCUAGAUCCGACAGCGGUAGGGGAUUUCGGUCUCUGCCUUCCUCGCCUUCAAAGAUCCUUGGAAUGAGAAGAGGUGUGGAGAAACACAAGGUGGCCGGUGGCGAUGACAACAGAUAUGGGUAUGAGGAUUCGGUGUCCACCAGCAGCAACAAGUUCCUCAGCAAAUGCAGGCAGGCUCUCAAGAAAGCAGUACACAAAUGA